AUGCUUUCGACGAUCGCCACGCUCGCCGCCCAGUCCUCCGGCACGCUCGCCGGCUCGGCGGGCACUCGGCGGUUGCUCGGCGGCGGCCACUCGUGGGACCACUUCGAGUGCGAUUGUUCUUGGCGCUCAAAAUACGCGUGCCCGCUCGACGAAUUGUUCCUCACCAAGAUCGACCGGUCCGGCGACGGCCACAUUGACAGGCACGAAGCAAUCGAUCUGAAUGCGGACGGGUUCCUGACGUCGACUGAGCUCGCUGCCGCCGACACGGACAGCGACGGACAGUCAACCAAGCACGAGGCCAUCCUCGCUCGCGCGCACGCCGGCACCGACGGCUUCGCGACCGACGACGGCUCGUUGUGCUUCACGUUCGCCUCGCUCCGCCUCGACGAGGAGCUGCCCCACGACCUGCCGCCGGUCGCCGCGACGCCGGCGAUGGACGAGGAGCUGCCCCACGACCUGCCGCCGGUCGCCGCGACGCCGGCGAUGGACGAGGUGUGCCGGGCGGAGCAGGAGGCGCCCGAGGAGUUUUCGGAGGGCGUGUUCUCUGCUCUCGCAACGAGAUGA